AUGCAAGCUAAACCCCUUAAUGAGGUUGAAGAACAUGAGGAGGGUGAACUUCCACAAGAACAACUCUUGAUUAACGAAGACCACGUCAAUGGAGAAAAUGACGUGAAUGAAGCAAUUAAUGUUAAUGGUCAAGAAUUUCACGAACAAGUCGAUGAAGUAUUAAUACAGAGCACUAUCGUGGAAAACGGCGCGAAACCACUUUGUCGUUACUUCCAACGAGGAUUUUGUCGAUACAGCGAUUCUUGUAGAUAUUCUCACGACAAUGGCGCGCCAGUUUCCUUACCAAAAUUCGGCUUACUAUUACAUCCUAGGAGUGCAACGCCUUGCCGUUUCUUUUCGAAAGGUUAUUGCAGAUACGGAGAUGCAUGUAAAUUUGCGCAUCAUAAUGGAAUUCCUGGUAACGGGGCUGGUCGUUUCCAUCCUAACGGUAACGGACAUCUACAUCAUGGAGGUGUUAAUAUAGAAAAUGAAUGGGGAUUCACCGGAGUUGAACAAAGCGAAGUUAUAGUAGAGGAAACUAAAACAUGGGAUGAAGAUACACAAGAAGAUCAGAUGAAUCCGCAAGAAUAUUCUUGA